AUGGCUUCCUUCUCGGCCAAUUUUAUGCAACAAAACUACUUAAGGCCUUCACUAUUCGAGUUGGUCGCACAAAAUAGUAUGACAACUGCUUUAAGGCCUGCUAUAAAUUAUGCAUUAAAGGUUGGUGUACCUUAUAUUAAAAACAAAUUAGAUACCUACUUCAAUGAAUGGAACGAUGAAAUUACGACAACUAUUUCCUUAGCCUUCAAUUUAAUGUAUGCUUUCGGAAUAGAUGACUCAUUCUCACCGUUGCUCAAGUUAGCAGGCCUUACGAGUAGUUUGCCCGUCCUAGCGUUUUGCCUUAAAAUCGUCGAAUGGUGGUAUUCAGAAGAGAAUACAACUCGAUCAUCAUCGACAUUUGCUGACCUACCUAUUCCUCCGCCUCCAGAUAAACCAAAAACAGCUCCAAAUGGAAUUAGACCUCCUAUUAACACAGCUGAAUGUGCGUUAUGUAAUCAAGGAAUAACUAAUGCUACUGCCUUAUCUACUUCAGGAUAUGUGUUCUGCUAUCCAUGCAUAUACCAGUACCUCAAACAGUCCGGAAAAUGUCCAAUAACCCAUCUACCGACCGGAAUACAACAAUUAGUUAAAAUUUAUCCAGGCGCUGUGUAA